CAGCGGCCGCUGUACAUGGAGCUAAGGAGUGUGAUGACUCAGAUCCCCAGCAUCAAUCUGGAGGCUCUGGACCAGUACGACCAGCGGCUACUGGAGCCCACCUCCACCCAGAAGGUGGGAGAGAAGAAGAGGAAGGACCAGUUCAAGAAGCUCAUCACCGGCACCGUGGGGAAAGCUCUGGGCCAGCAGUUUAAAAAGGAGGUACAUAUCAGAAAUCUCCCAUCUCUCUUUAAGAAGCCCAAGCUGGAGAAAAGGGACAUUGUGGAGCCCAGUGAGACUGGAUCUCUAGCAGCUCUCUUCUCCCCAACACAGAACGACAUCUAGGAGAACAUAACAGCACAGMGAGCCUCUCAGACUGGACUAAYACACACACACACUUUCUACCCUCCCCAGUGGAAUUUUACUGCUGAAGGAUUGGCUCAUCAAGGGUACGACGUCUCUAUCCUAUUGGUCAACAGUAGGAUGAAUGGACUCUACAAUCUGUGGACAAAGAGAAUCAGAAUAUUCUGUCAUGGACUGAACCCUGCUAACUGCUCAUAUAUAUGUAUCCAAAUAAUGUGUCUGUCUGCCUUGAUCAGGAAUAUGGAACAAUAUGUCUGAAGAUGAUGAUGGUUAUUGUCCUUCAAGAGGACAUGGCUGUUGGCGUAAACCCUGCAGGUUGUAAAUGGUAACAACACAUUGCAUUAACACAGCUCAUAUCCUCACUAGCACAUCACAUUAAACUUACAUUGUGUUUUGGUAUCUCCUCUAACAUGGACCAUCCACCUGGCUGCUAAACAUAGAGAUAGAUAGAGGACUCAUCUUUAGAUCUGUGUCAUUAUAGCGUCUGACAGCAUGGGCAGCACCAUUGAGGCUACAACCCAUAGUCAAGUAGUCAACUGGGUGGGGAUUCCUAUUUUAAAAUGGUGGAUGAUGGCAAUGCCCAAGCUAAAAUGGGUUAUACCCAUGAUGAGUCCUCUAACUCUAUCUAUGGUGCUAAAUGACAGCAGCCAUUUUGUGCCAGAAGAACCUGAAUGGAAUCCAGUGAGCAUUUCUGAGGUGGGAUAAUUCAGAGUAUUCUGCUGUAUAAGGAGAGCUAUCAUCAAGUCAAUGUUUUGUACAGGAUCAUGACUCUGUUGAUGGAUGAAGUAGAACUGUCAUUAAUGUGACAUUAUGUUUGUUUGUUCUAGUUCUCCCAGCUAUGAACACAUGAGAAACCAGCACACAUUCCUCUUAUGUUAAAGGGAUCAUUUGCUUCAACAGGUUGUGUCAGACAUUAUUGUUAAAAACUGACUGACUAGUGGAGAGCUCAAAUUUGAUUAAUCUGUUUUGAAGGUGACAUUGUAUACAUUUGUAAAAUAUCUACAGGCUUCAAUCAGGGGACAAA